UUCCGUGACGCCUCAACACAGGCAUCAUGGCAAGAUCUACCAUCUCUCUAUAUUAUGAGCUCGUAAUAUAUAGGGGUAGUAGAUAUUGCCAUGUACAGAAAACAAGUGCCUGGCGUCAAACAUAAAAUUCAAGGUGGCAGUGUCCAUCAUGGAUUAUAAUAUCACCAUUCCUGAAUACUCUCAAGAUCUGUCAAAACACAUGUACCAGUUACAACAGACAGGUGUGUUGUGUGAUGUAUGGCUUGUUUGUAAAGAUGGAGUAGUCUUUGUACAUAAACUGGUACUGAUGGCAUGUGGCAGUGCUUACCUUCAACAACAACUUUCAGCAGAUACCAGUUCUAGUUCACAAUGUCAAGUUUUCUUGAAAGAUUACUCAUUGAAAACUGUUUAUGAUUUUGUACAAGCCCUUUAUACAGGAAGUUUUACCUUGUGUCAUGAUCGAGCAAUUGAUAUUCUGAAACUCUGCACAUUUUUGGAUGUUACAGUAUUUACAUCUACUAUUCAAGGUAUUGUUGAAAAUGAUCCAAAUUUAAAGCGGGAAUUUGAGAAAGGUGGAAAAAGAAAUAAUAUGAAUCGUAUAUUUUAUGAAGUAGAAAUUGCCAAAGACCCAACUUCUGCUCCAUUUAAAGUACCUGUAAAGGUACAGAAAUCGAAUAUUAUUAUGGAAAGAAUAGUAGACAAUAGUUUAAAAACCAAAGAUAUAUUUUCUCAAUCUAGUGUAGAAAGUCCAAGGAGAAAUAGGAUAUUGGUUAUAAAAUCAGAUACAACUGAAAAUACUAAGAGAAAAAACAAUACAGAGGCCACAUAUUCUGAUGGUUGCAUUCCAAAAAAGCAGACAAGAGUUUCAAAGCAAACACGUAAUGUUGUUCAAACAAGUCCAAAUAUUUUUCCACCCCAGACAAAACUUGAAAAGGAAACUCCAAAAAAUGUUGCAAAUAGUCCAUGUUGCUCCAAACAAAGUGAUCACACAUAUGAAGCAGACAAUACGAAAGAGUUGUUGAAUAUAGCUAAAAGCCUGUCAACCAGUGCUGAUUCAGCAUGUAUUGAGUUGUCAGAUAUAGAUGAAAACUUGCCAACCUUAAGUGAUGGAACCAUUUCUGAGUUAGAUAAAUCAAAAACUUUAUUAACAAGCACUGACAUGAGAAGAUCAGGUAAAGAUGGAGAGCAACAGGAAUCAUGUCAACUUUGUCAGAAAGUAUCAGAAGAUGCAGUGGAAAAGAAAAAUGGACAGUACAUAUGUAAAGGUUGUGUUAGCCUGUUUAAUGGAGAAAAUUCUCAGACAAAUGGAGAAAAGAAGAAAAAAGGACGAAAAGGAAAGAAGGAGAUAAAGGAUUUCUUUGAUACUCCAAAAUCUAAAAGGAAAAAUAGGCAGUAUCACCACCAAGCCUUAUUAGAUGCUUAUUAUGCCGUAAAGGAUGGAGGAAUACCAGUACGUACCGCCUGUAGACUUUAUGGUGUGCCCCGGGAAACACUCCGAGAUCGAUUAGACGGGAAAAGGAGUAUAGAUUGUGAGAAUAUCGGUCGAGGAACUUUGUUCACCAAAGAAGAAGAGAACAAAUUAGCCGAUGAGGUCAGUCGUAUGGCAAAAUGUGGUUAUUAUUAUACGUGUAAAGAGAUUACAGAUAUCGCCACAGAUUAUUGUGUUCUGAUGGAAAAGAGAACCAGUGAUCAACAUCUGACUCUCAAAUGGUACCGUGGAUUCUUCAAUCGCUGGCCUGAAUUGCAAAUGCUAUAUACUAAAAGACCUAGAAAGCGUGAUAUAUUUGCCUCGGCAGCUGAGAGUAAGAACAGAUUUUUUAAAGAGUUUGGAGAUUUAUUAGAUAAACAUGAUUUUACUUUUAAGCCACAUUUCGUGUUCAAUUUACAUGUAUCAGUAAUCAAAACCAAAGAAUCUCAAAGUAUAGGAGUGAUUGGAUGUGGAAGUGCCUCCGGGAUCGCUAUUCCUCCAUAUUUCAUAUUCCAAGAACAAGAAACUCACGAUAAUGCUGUAAACAGCAUGAAUAACAUACCAACAGUUGUGUCUGAGAAUGGUUACACUAGUUUUGUAUUUGUUGACUACAUGAAAAACCACUUCAUCAAGUGUUUACCAGAACGCACAAAUGAAUCUGUGCUAUUGAUUUUAGAUGGAUUAAAGUCACACCUUUGCGUUGAAUUAAUUGGUUUUACAAAAGACAAUAACAUUUUAACACAGUUUAUACCUGCUAACUGUGAUAGGAGUCUCAGCCCAAUAGAACAUUGCUGUAGUGCUCAGCUUCAGGAUUGUUAUGACGAAAUUUGUCUUAGAAAAAUUCAUUCAAAUGAACCAAUUUAUUUUUGUGACGUGGCAUGUGAAGCAUACAACGAAGCAUUCUCUCAAGAAAUUCUCGGCGAAGCAUUUGUAAAAUCUGGUUUAUGCAGCAUUGAAAAUCAUUCUGCUGUUUAGCAGUCCUGAGAAUAUAAAAAAGACGAUCAUGUUUAAAUACAUAAUGUUAUGAUUCUAAAAAGAAAACUCACAUCAUACAUAUUGUCUUGUUUCUUGUGACGUACGAACCUGACUUUUAGGUAGAUGCCUUUUAACUACUUGCCUUCUUAAAUCUUGUUUUGUUUCGUGUACAUAGAGCUUAUAAGAUGUAUUUUUGCUCACUUUGUUGAAAUGACCAGAAUAUGAUAUUUUGCUAGUGACCUUUUCUUGGCAUAAGGGUAUCGAUAUCAAAGGGUAUAUGAUAGAACAAGUUACUUGAAUCAUCCUGAUGUAUGAUUGAAUAUGAUAAAUAUACCCCCAUAUUGCAUUUACCUUCUCAGCCUGAUUGUCUGUGCGUUCGUCUAACAAAUAUUUUCCUCACACUUGUUAUAGAGAGUCACAAUACUACACAGAAUGCUUUUAUAUUAUGUCAGCAGUUUGACAGUGAUCAGUUAACUUUGUAAUGUGGUAAAACUCUCCUGUUUAUUUUACACUUUGAAUUAAAAUUUCUCAAAUCUUUAA